UUGUUGUUGCUCUGCAACCAGGAAGUAGCCUCUCAGAAUUUGGGUGUGAGGCUACAAUAGCGAGUAGUAUAAUUUAGUUUUACUACGCUUUUUAUUAUACAAUAACUUAUAACUACAGCCAGUUUCACUCGAAUUAAUAUUCUUCCCAGUAGAGUAAAGAAAAAAAGUCGUAAGUAUCCGUCUUUGGCUACUUUCUUUGUUUCUUUUUAGAGAGAACUUGUCUCGACAUGAACAGUAUGCGUGUAGUGUUUCGUUUUGUAAAACUGUAGUUUUAUUUUUAGUUUGUAUUUACUAUAGAAGGCAAUUUGAAUCAAACAAAGGCAGAAAUAAUUAAGCUCCCUGCAUGGUGUGUGCACUGACCGCAGAUGGUGCUGGACGAAAGUGCGCGGAGCUGCCUGCUUCGCCACCGCCGCAACCUGGAGCAGGACAUCAAGCCCUCUUACCUGAUGGAUCACAUGAUCAGUGACGGCGUGCUGACUGGGGAGGAGGAGGAGCGCAUCAGCUCCCUGACGACGAGGAAAGAUCAGGCAGUGGCGCUGCUGGGACUGCUCUUCAAGAAGGACAACAAUGCUUUCAUCUCCUUCUACAAUGCCCUGGUCAAGGAGGCCUAUGAGGAUUUGGCCAGCUUGCUGCACGACGGCAUUCCUGGCGCCUUUCAGAGUUAUUCAGAAAGCUAUGUCCAAACAGUGCUCAGUGAAGGUGGGGUGCCUCAGAGGCCAGUGGUCUUUGUCAACCGACCAGAAUUGGUCAACGGGAUCCGGGAGAAACUGUACCGUCUCCAAAAGGAAGCGGGCUGGGUGACAGUGUUCGGCAUGGCCGGGUCAGGCAAAUCUGUUCUAGCUGCUGAAGCUGUCCGAGACCACCGACUCAUUGAAGAGUGUUUCCAAGGAAGCGUCCAAUGGCUAUCCAUCGGCCAGUUGGACAAAGCCGACCUGCUGGUGAAGAUCCAAGCGCUGUGCUUUCGCCUGGAGCAGAGCCUGGACACCCAGUUUCUUCACCGGCCUCCCACCUCUCUGGACGAGGCCAAGGAACGCCUGCGCUUCCUCAUGCUACGCAGAUACCCAAGAUUUCUGCUGGUUCUGGACGACAUUUGGGACAGCACGGUGCUCAAAUCAUUUGAUAUCAACUGUCGCAUUCUGCUGACCACCAGAAACAGAAGCCUUGCUGAUUCCGUUAGCGGUGUUAAGUACGAAGUAGAGGUUGCUAGUGGUCUGGAUGACAAGAAGGCACUGGAGAUUAUUGCCUUGUACACCGGAAGCACACCUGAGGGACUACCAAAAGAGGCUCCGAGCAUCGUGAAAGAAUGCAAAGGCUCGCCUCUGGUGGUCUCGCUUAUCGGAGCACUGCUCAAAGAGAAACCCGACCGCUGGUGCUACUACUUGCGUCAGCUGCAGCAGAAGCAGUUCAAGCGCAUACGGAAGUCGUCUUCGUACGACUACGACGCGCUGGACCAGGCCAUGUCCGCUAGCAUUGAGGUGCUUCCCGACGAACAUCGAGAGUUCUACAGGGACCUCGCUGUGUUUGAGAAGGACGUCAAAAUUCCUGCUAAGGUCUUGUCCGUCCUGUGGGGUUUGGAGACGGAGGAGGUGGAGGACAUUCUAGAGGAGUUUGUCAACAAAUCUCUGCUGUUUGUGGACAGUCACAGCAGACCGUACUUGUACUACCUGCACGACCUCCAGCUGGACUUUCUGGCCGAGCAGAACCACGCCCACCUGGAGAACCUUCACACCAAAGUGGUGCGUCAAUACCAACAGCACUACAGCCAUACCCCACCCACAUCAGGAGAUGUAGAGUGCCUCUACUGGAUUCGGUUUUUGACCUACCACAUGGCCAAAGCCAACCUCUCCCAGGAGCUCUUUUCCCUCAUGUUCUCUUUGGAUUGGGUCGCCCUAAAGGCCAAGAUACUAGGUCCGGCUCAUUUGAUUAAUGACUUUGUGGACUAUGGACCUAUUCUGGACAAAGAGAAGAGCGAAAUGCUCAGUCAUUUCCAGGAGUUUUUGUCGCUGAGUGGCCACCAGCUGGAGCAGCGUCCUUUCCCUGACAUAGUUCAGCUUGCUCUGUCGCAGCCGCAGACCUCGGAAGUCUACAAACAGGCUCUACAGCAGGCGCAGAACCGGGCCAGAAGCGGGAAACUCUACUUUGAUCUGCUAAGUAAAAGCGGCGUGGAGAGCCUGUGCCGUCUGGUGAUCCAACCUCAGCAGAGUUCCGUCUACGCUGCCUGCUUCUCCCACGAUGGGACCAAGAUUGUCUCCUGCGGCGCAAGCAAGACGGUCAAGGUGUUUAGAAGUACCUCCGGCGAGAAGCUCACGGAAAUCCAGGCCCACGAUGACGAGGUUCUCUGUUGCGCCUUCUCUCCGGAUGACCGCCUCCUAGCGACCUGCUCCAGCGACAGAAAAGUGAAGGUGUGGAACAUGGAGCGCGGCAUGCUACUGAGGGCCUUUGUGGAGGAGCACGAAGAGCAGGUCAACCACUGUCAGUUUACUAACACGACAAAGCGCCUCCUGCUGGCCACCUGCUCCAAUGAUAAAUUUUUGAACGUCAAGCUUUGGAACCUCAACAAGCCUUCCUCACAAAACACCAUGUUCGGCCACCUUCAGCCCGUCAACCACUGCUGUUUCUCCCCCGACGAUGCCUACCUGUCCACCUCCUCCAACGACGGUACCGUCAAGCUUUUUCUGGCGUCCUCCGCCAACGAGUGGAAGACCAUCAACGUGCGGCAGUGGUGCUCGGACGCUAGCGAGGAAGUCCCAGUCAAAUGCAGCACAUGGACAGCUGACGGCAAGUGUGUCGUGUGCGCCGUCCGGAGUGCCGUCCUGGUGAUGGACGUGGAGACGUCGCAGAUGCUGUUGGAGAUCAGACCGGGUCGUUUGAGCAUGGUGCAAUACUGCCACGCCUGUCCCACCAGCAACCUGCUGGCUAUCGCCUUCUCUAACUACGCGGUGGAGCUGUGGGACUUGGAGGCCAAUAAGAAAAUGGCCGACUGCAGCGGUCACCUGAGUUGGGUCCAACGAGUCCAGUUCUCCCCUGACGGCUCCCAGCUGCUCUCCUGCUCAGACGACAACACUAUCAGGUUGUGGGAGACAAACAAGGUGCACACCACCUCAGCGGUGCGUCUGAAGAGAGACGCUGAUGUUUACUUCAGCGACGCCGAAGCAGAAGGGUCGGACGAAAUAGUGGUUUCGGCUGCAGACAACUGCAACAGGCUGCAGGUGCGUGAUGGCAGAGCAGGCGUGGUGCUGUUUCAGUCGGCGGAGAUGACGUCGCGGAUACGAUGUACCUGCGUGUGUCGGCAGCCUUUCGCUGUGGCUUUCGGUCAAGAGGACGGCACCGUGCAGGUAAAAAAAACCAUACGGCCUAAUACUCACAUGAGUACCUCAUCAAACUUUGUGGUGGUUUCUUCACGCCAGGUGCUGGCCAUACCCUCUGGCAAGGUGCUUGCCACCCUGCAGGGACACACCAGGACAGUGCUGCACUGCCGGUUCGUCCACGGCGGCCAAACGCUGAUCACAUCAUCUGAGGACACCACCAUCAGGGUGUGGAGGUGGCAGACAUGUGAGUGUAAAGUGCUGCAGGGCCACAAGGAGCAAGUCAGAGGCUUUUCUUUGCUCUCAGACUCGCCUGCUGAGACAAGAUUGCUGUCUUGGUCCUUUGACGGGACGGUCAAGGUGUGGGAUCUUGGAAGCGGAGAAAAGCUGCAGGACGUGGAGGCUCACAGAGGAGCCGUCCUGUCCUGUCACGUCUCCCCUGAUGGACGUCGCUUUGCCACCACCUCUGCUGACAAGACAGCUAAGGUGUGGCACAGUGAGUCUUGGCAGUGUGUCUACUCGCUUCGCGGGCACCAAGACUGCGUCAGGAGCUGCCGAUUUUCCUGGGACGGGCAACGACUCGCGACUGGGGACGACGGUGGUAAGAUACGGCUGUGGAGCGUGGAGGAUGGCUCCUUGUUGAAGGUGUGCACACAAGACGGAAAGGACGGAAUGGAUUCGCUGCACGGAGGCUGGGUGACCGACCUGCACUUUUCCCCAAACAACUCUCUCCUGGUGUCCACAGGCGGCUACGUCAAGUGGUGGGACGUGGACCGAGGCGAAGCCCUGCAGACCUUCUACCCGACGGGAAGCGCUUUGAAGAAGAUGCACGUGUCAGCUGACUUCUCCACGUUCGUCACCAUCGACAACAUCGGGAUCCUUUACGUCCUUCAAAGGGUGGCCUAAGUUAGCCCCACAGCCAGGACAUUAACACCAGCAUGAUAAAACACAAGUUUACAUCUCACAGGUCUUCUGGAUCAUUCAGAGCCGUUCACCCAUUUUCUACCGUUUGUCCCUUUUAGACGUGCGCAAUUUUCAACACGGCUGUUUGUAAUUCAGCAUUUGUGAUUUUCCUCUGAGCCGCUGGAAGUGCAUUAUUUUUGUAAUGUCACUUAUUGUGAUAUUUCUCCAGAGUACAAGCCUUAUUGUGGAUUACUGUAUUAUUAUGAAAUACUAUAUGUGUAAGGCCUCAAUCAAAGCCUGUGAGAAAUAUUUACUAUUCUUAACUGUUUGUAAAAAUGUUUUCAAUGAUGAAAUGAAACCUUAAGUAUUUUUAUCUUACUAAUGUUUCUGCAAUUGAAAGCAGGACGACAAUCUAUCACAUAGGGUAUUAUUGGUAUGACAGGGGAAAUCGUGCCUCUCUGCUUUCAGUGAUUUAUCAAUAGAGCCAAAAAGCAUGCACUAAAGGUAACAUUUUGCACAUUGUUUUGUAUUAUGUGCUCUUCUUUUUGAAUGGUGCUAUGUCAAAUCAUAUUUUCCUUCAUCUUGCUCAGGAUCUAUUAAUACUGUUAUUGUACUAUGUGAGUGUAAUGAAAUUAAUGAGCCAUUAAAAUAUGUAUUUGUGUCAUUUUAAGCUAUAAGCUCUUAAAGCUAGCAUUUGGAGAACUUAAAGUAAAACUUGACCA